CAUCUAUUUGACGGUGAUCAUUUUAAAAUAUACAAAAUCAAUGCAUGUGACCCGCUUUUUUAAAAAUAGGAGAUCACAAUUGACGAAAAACGACACAAUACACUUCGAAACAGAGUCUUCGUGAACGCAGAACGGAAAACAUGACGUCAAGAGUUUUCCCAGUGAUUGGUAACCAGGCUUUGUCGUUUCGAAUGAACACGCAUGGGGGGUUUGACCACGAGACAGCGUUGCGAAAACAUGAUAUGUGAUCGAAGGCGAAGUGACGUUGUUAAUUUUGUAGUUCACUCGGUUCUUCGACGAAAGAAUGUCAGCUCAAGUGAAAGAAGGUGUCAAGCCAUCCGGGGCUGUAAAAGUAACGGCUAAAAAACACAAAUGGUAUCUUGGAGGAAUCGCUUCUGCCAUGGCAGCCUGUGUCACACAUCCGUUGGAUUUGCUCAAGGUUCAUUUACAGACACAGCAACAGGUUAAACAAAGACUUUUGUCCAUGGCAGUUCAUGUUGUUCAAACACAGGGUGUAUUUGCACUUUACAAUGGACUGUCAGCCUCUGUCAUGAGACAGCUUACUUAUUCCACAACACGUUAUGGAUUGUAUGAAGUGGUCUCUGCAGAGUUAAGAAAAGGAAAUGAGCCACUACCUUUUUACCAGAAAGUUGUAAUAGGAUCAGUAUCAGGUUUCUUGGGUGGAAUUGUUGGCAACCCUGCAGAUAUGGUCAAUGUUAGAAUGCAAAAUGAUGUCAAAACACUUGAUAAAGCACUUCGAAGAAAUUAUAAGCAUGUGUUUGAUGGCCUCUAUAGAACAGCAACUGAAGAGGGUGUGUCAACUUGGAUGAAAGGUGUUACAAUGACCUCAUCUAGAGCUCUCCUGAUGACUGUGGCUCAGGUUGCAUGUUAUGAUCAAGCAAAACAGCUGUUACUUGCAUCAGGAUAUUUUAAAGACAACAUUGUUGCACAUUUCACUGCAAGUUUUAUAGCGGGUACUAUUGCUACAAGCAUUACACAACCUGUUGAUGUUAUGAAGACAAGACUUAUGGAAGCAAAACCUGGGCAGUACAAGAGUGUGGCCCACUGUAUACUUUUUACAGCAAAACUUGGACCUAUGGGAUUUUAUAAGGGUUUUAUCCCAGCUUGGGUACGUUUGGCACCUCACACAAUUAUUACUUGGAUCUUCCUAGAGCAACUAAGAUUGCUCUUUCCUGUGAAACAGGCAGUGAUGUAACUGACUUCAGAACAUAUUAAUUAAUAUAUUCAUUUGAUAUCAUUCUUACUUCAAUUUAAAUACACAAAUUCAGUGAGGGUUAUUUGGCUUUUAUGGAAAAAUUAGUUAGGAUGUAUUAUAGAUUCUUACCUAUUAUUUUAACUGUUUUGAGACUUGCCAAAAGCCAUAUACAUGUAUUGAUUAAAAUUGGAUUAAAAGAUACAGUCAUAAAAAAUGUUUAUUAAAUAACCAUUCAGAGGUUGCUUUUCCAUAAAAACUAGUUGCAAGAUGGGGUAUGGUGUCAUGUGUAAGUAGCCAUUGAUAACAUGAAGAAAUGGAUUUAUUAUUUAACUUUACUAUGUUAAUUAUGACCAGCAAAAAAAAUUGACCACUUAAAGUUGGGUUUUUUUUCUCCAGCACAUUUAAAAAAUCUUGUAAUUUUUCUUUUUUCUAAUGUUUUCUGCAUCUUAUUGCCAUAACAUAAUGAAUCUGAAGUACACUUCAGUUCAUGUGGCAAAUUAAUUUUCUUUGAAUGGUUCAAGUCUCCAGCUUUUUUUAAAGUAAGUAAGGUGUUAAGAAUAAAAGAGAUAAAAAGGUGUAGGUAGCGCUUAAUGUUGUUAGGACAUGUUAGAGGAUGAAGUGCUCAGUUCAGAAAUGUUUAACUAAAUAAUAUGAAAAAUCGAAUAUGUAGGAGUAACAAAAAAAAAUAUGAAAAGAUGAUCAAGUAACCCAAGAAACUAUGAGGGAGAAGUAAAAAAAGCAUUGAUGUUGAUUUUUAUUUUCAUAUCGAGGUAACCAAAUAGGUAUUCAAUUAAAUUAUUUCAUACAAGUUCAGUGUAACUUAUGGAAGUGUAGUACUUUAAUUAUGGAUCAAAAGGAGAUGUAACCAUAAAAUUGGAGAAUAAAUGUGAAAUGCGAAUGUA